GCUGACGGUUUCUCUCCCCUUUGCCCUAAGRUGCGAGCCUGUCCCGCAGCCAUGUCACCAGUGCCGCUUCUCCUAGGCAUCUUCCUGCUCUGCAGUCCCGUGCGCGGGAGCGACGGCUCGGUUGCCACUGCUAUCACAUGCUUUACAAGAGGACUUGACCUUCGAAAGGAGACAGAAGAUGUCCUUUGCCCAGCAAACUGUCCUCUGUGGCAAUUUUAUGUCUUUGGGGAUGGAGUCUAUGCCUCUCUUUCCAGUGUCUGUGGAGCUGCCAUCCACAGGGGGGUGAUCACCAAUGCUGGAGGAGCUGUAAAGGUGCAGACUCUCCCAGGACAAGAGAACUACCCUGCUGUAAAUGCCAAUGGGAUUCAGUCUCAGAUGCUCGCUAGAUGGGCUUCAUCUUUUGCAGUGACUCGUAGCAAGGAUGUAGUGCUUGAAGCAGUUGGACGAUCAAUAUCAACAGCACGUCCUUCCACAGGCAAAAGACCUAAGAAGACCCUUGAGAAAAAGUCUGGAAACAAAGACUGUAAAGCUGAUAUUGCAUUUCUCAUUGAUGGAAGCUACAAUAUCGGGCAGCGUAGAUUUAAUUUACAGAAAAACUUUGUUGGAAAAGUAGCUGUGAUGUUGGGAAUUGGAACAGAAGGGCCUCAUGUAGGCGUCGUACAAGCCAGUGAAUAUCCAAAAAUAGAAUUCUAUCUGAAAAAUUUCACUACUGCAAAGGAUGUUCUGUUUGCUAUAAAGGAAUUAGGGUUCAGAGGAGGCAAUUCUAAUACAGGGAAAGCUUUGAAGUAUACAGCUCAAAAAUUCUUCUCUUUGGAAAAUGGCGCACGUAAAGGAAUUCCCAAGAUCAUCGUGGUGUUCAUAGAUGGUUGGCCCUCUGAUGAUAUAGAAGAAGCUGGUAUAGUGGCCAGAGAAUUUGGGGUUAAUGUAUUCAUCGUCUCUGUAGCAAAACCAACAACGGAGGAGUUGGGAAUGGUGCAAGAUAUUGCUUUUGUUGACAAAGCUGUCUGUCGAAAUAAUGGCUUCUUCUCUUACCAAAUGCCCACUUGGUUUGGCACUACAAAAUACGUAAAACCUCUUGCCCAAAAAUUAUGUUCACAUGAACAAAUGCUGUGUAGCAAGACGUGCUACAACUCUGUCAACAUAGCUUUUCUGAUAGAUGGUUCUAGCAGCGUUGGAGACAGCAACUUCCGCCUUAUGCUCGAAUUCAUCAGUAAUGUUGCAAAAGCUUUUGAGAUCUCUGAUAUUGGUUCCAAGAUUGCAACUGUGCAGUUCACAUAUGAUCAACGUACUGAGUUUGGCUUCACUGACUAUAUCACAAAAGAAAAGGUUCUCUCUGCUAUCCAAAGCAUCCGAUAYAUGAGUGGUGGCACUGCUACUGGUGAUGCCAUUUCUUUCACCACAAGAAAUGUAUUUGGGCCAAUGAGAGAUGGACCCAACAAGAAUUUCCUUGUUGUUUUGACUGAUGGUCAGUCUUACGACGAUGUUAGAGGGCCUGCAGCUGCAGCACAAAAAGCAGGAAUUACAGUCUUCUCUGUUGGUGUUGCCUGGGCACCUGUGGAUGAUUUGAGAGACAUGGCUUCUGAACCAAGAGAAUCUCAUACUUUCUUCACUAGGGAGUUUACAGGAUUGGAGCAAAUGGUUCCUGAUGUUAUCAGAGGCAUCUGUAGAGAUUUUCUGGACUCUAAACAAUAAUGGAAACAUGCUUUUGGAUGUGACUUCUUYGAAACUAAAUCAGGAAACUGAGAUGGUUCCUCUAAAGUACAAAUGUUUUAUUCUUACAAUAUACCAACAUAAUAUAAGGGAAUAAGUUAUGACAGGCUACAUUCUGUUUCUGUGGUCAAUCAAGGAUUCUUGCAAGCUCAAUAGAAGUGGCACAUGACAUGGGAAUGCAGAAUUUGGCCAACAACUAUUAUUUUUAAUACCUGUAUAGUAUCUUUCUUACACUGUAGGCUAUCAUAUAUCAGCUGUAUGUAUAUAAAGAAAACAUAAUAGAGCUCUGACACUUGCACUGUCACUUACAAAAUGUCUUCUCAUAUGUUAAAACUAAUAUAACUUUAAAUAUGCAGCACUAACUUCUGUGAGCUUUUUUUAGCUCGGUAUCUUUUCCAGGAGUUCUCUUAGUAGCAGGAAUAUAAAACCCGCCACAGUUUUAUGCCAUAGAUAUUUUAUGCCAAUAGCUAAAAUCUUUCUAGUCCUUCAAUUGUGCAGCAUCCUCUUUUGCCAGGCAGUUUAUUAAGAAGAUGGAUGACAGAUGUAGCUAGACAGACUGUUUUUACCAUUGAGAGYUUGCAAUUUUGAGUAAGAAUGCUAUCUGGUUUGGCAGAGUUUACAUUAAAAGGCCAUCUCACUUCUACCUAUUUCUACCAGUCAUUGCUCUUGGCUACUUUUGGCACAGAAUUUCAAAGGUAUUUAAGCACUGUAAUUUCUCUUUAUAAUCUGGGUCCUAAUACAUUGACUGAUACUACUGCCUGCUACACCACAAUGAAAUCGGUCUGAAAUAUGCCUACUGUAUUUAAUAAUCUGGAUUAUUUUUCUUUCGAUUGCCUUGAUUUUACAAAGUUGCUAUUGGCUGGACAAAGUUCAAGACAGGCAAUCUGUCCUGAAUCUCUUUAAUCUCUUGGGCAAAGAGAUGAAAUUAGACUGUGUACUGAAAACUCAAAAGCAUUUAAAUUGAAAUCCGAAAUUAUCUUAAGCUUUGAAAUUUAACU